CUUCGAUUCAAAAAAUGCCAACAUCUUUGCCAGUUUUACAUUCAACAAAUCAAGUAUAAAAAGAUGAUCAUUCAUAUCUCGUUCCUUUUAUCAAAAUAAUAAUUUGUACUAGAUGAAUUCACUUUUGACUUUGAUCUUAUUGCUUUUAUCUUGUCUAUGUCUUACAUUAGCCUGUGAUCCUGCUUGUACUUCAACAGGUGAAAGAAAUGGAAGAUGUUAUUAUAAUUGUUACGAAGGUGUAUGCCAUAUGUCUGCUGCUCAUCAUCAAGAUCAAUUCUUAAGAGGUUUACGUGGAAAAGGUUAUGCUUGUAAUGCUGAAGGGAAUACUGUUGUUGUCUGCAAUAAAAGUGGCAAUUUUGGUGAUUGUUAUGGUCACUACUGGGGUUGUGGCUCUUCCUGUUGA